AUGGUGGGCGUGGCUAUGAACUUCUACGACGACCAGAGCCGGCAGGACUUGACGCCGACCGAGGGGAACCGCACGUACGCCAUUAUCGUCUGCAUCUUUGCGUCGCUCGGCGGGGUCUUCUUCGGGUACGACCAGGGCGUCACGGGCGGCGUGCUCGUCAUGGAGUCGUUCCUCAAUGACUUUUGCGUGGGCUGGCACGGCCAGACGAUGGCCGACUGCACGCGAGCGACGGCACAGCUGCCGCAGCGCUGGGUGGACUACACACUAUGGUACAACAUGACGUACAACAUUGGCUGCAUGGUCGGCGCAAUGGCGGGCGGCUGGAUCGCCGACAAGUUUGGCCGUCGGAUCACGAUCUUCCAGGCCGGAUCGCUCUUCUGUCUCGGCACCUCGUGGCUCGCUUUCUGCCCGAGCCACGCACACAGCUCACUGCUGAUUGCGCGGUUCAUCCAGGGCAUGGGUGUCGGGAACUCUUCCUUUUCGCUGCCGUUGUUUGGAGCCGAGAUGGCGCCCAAGGAGUUGCGUGGCUUCCUGUCGGGCUUCAUGCAGAUGACGGUCGUCACGGGCCUCUUGUCGGCGAACAUUGUGAACCAGACUAUCGAGCACCAUGAGCGAGGAUGGCGAAUCACCAACGGCGUUGCAAUGAUCGCCCCGCUCGUUGUGAUGCUCGGCAUCUUCUUCGUGCCCGAGAGUCCUCGAUGGACGUACUUGCACAAGGGCAAGGACGCGGCUUCCGCAAUGUUGAAACAGCUGCGGCAGACGCGAAAAGUGGAGCGAGAACUGCGGGCCAUUGGCGCACAGAUUGCGCGAGAAGGGCGACCAGGAGGGUUCAAGGAGCUGAUGGAACCAUCGAUCUUCAAGCGCGUGGUCAUUGCCAUGCUACUCCAGGUGCUUCAGCAAGCGACAGGAAUCAACCCCAUGUUCACCUACGGCGGUCUCAUCUUCAAGGACAUCGUAGGUGACGGCAUUCUGUCCGUGCUUGUUCUUUCUAUCGUGAACUUCGUCAGCACCAUCCCAGCCAUGCGGUGGGUCGACACCUAUGGCCGUCGUCAGUUGUUGCUGAUUGGUGCCGUUGGCAUGGUCGUUGGCCACCUGGUGUCUGCCAUUCUGUUCACUCUCGGCUGUGACGGCAACACGGAGAGCGCAGGGUGUUCAAAGUCCUCAGGAUAUGCGAUCAUCGUCGCGACGUCGUUCUUCGUGUUCAAUUUCGCCAUUUCGUGGGGACCCGUGAGUUGGGUGUAUCCAGCUGAGAUCUUCCCUCUCAACGUGCGUUCUAUUGCUGUAUCCCUCUCGACGAUGGCCAACUGGCUCAUGGGUGUGGUCAUGACGUGGGUGGUGAAGCUCUUCCCGUCGCUGAACAUCAACGGCGUAUUCUUCUUGUUCGCCGGCACGUCUGCUCUGAGCGGAGUGUUCGUGUACUACAUGUGUCCAGAGACUGCCGGCAUUUUGCUGGAAGAUAUCGAGUCUUUGUUCAAUGGCAGCGCACGCCACAAGAACUCGCCGAAGGAAGUACAGGAGACGCCGUUUCAGUCCACGCCGAGCUAUCACACAGCGGCAUAA